GGUGGACAAUGUCCUUCUGCAGGAUCACGGGUAGGAGCCGGGGUCUUCCCAGGCCGAAUUAUUUCCCAUUAUUACCACCGAUAAGUCCGGCGGAUGCAAAGCGAUUUUGCCGCAUUACCGGCAAGUCCUACGGUCUGCCGACCCAUCAUUACAUUCCGGUGUUGCUGGGCGCGCACGCCCACGACAAGUCGAAAUGCAAAAUCACGACAAACGCUUCGGGCCUCGGGCCGCAUCACUACACCGCCGGUCUGAUCGUUGGCGAGAAAAAGAGGCACGUGGUGCUGAAGGACUAUCGCUACAUCUUCCCGAUCUUGGAGGGCGAGGGCGAGCAGCAACGCAUUUUGCGAGAGCUCCUGAACGCGAAACAGACUCCCAUCGAGGAGGAAGAGAAGUUUGUGUACACGGUGGAGGAACGAAGAUGCAGUCUUGUUUUCCCGGCGAAGUUAGAGGCCGCUGUUAGGGAUGGAGACGUCAAGGAUGUCAUGCUCUCGCGGGACUGCGACACCGUUUUGCUAAGGUUGAAACAGGGUAAGAACGUAUCUGUGGAUUUCAAGAAUCUGGAAGAUUUUGAAAAUCUUUACGACGGUCUGGGACCGCGAGAGGAAGUGUUGAAGGAGCGAGAAAGGCUAGAGGCUGAGGCUAGAAAGCGAAAGAGAAAGAAGCAAAACGCGUUAAAUUAUGCGAGGAAGAUUUUCGAGGAAAAGGAAAAGGCGGCCGACGAGGAAGAGCUUCGACGUGCCAAGCAACUCAAGUUAAGAAGUAUCAAGGAGGAGAUUAAAAUGGAGACGAUAGUAGAAGACUGGAGGCACGUGGAUGCGGAGCAAGCGAGACUACGGUCUUCUGACGUCGUAAACAUUUCGAACGCUCUCAAGGACGUAGCAAAACCAAUCUCCAAUGUGUUAGACUGGAAUUUACUUCAAAAUAACACCAUUAAACCAGCCGGCGUGCCGAUGAUCAAAAAUAUACCAGUUCCUGUAAAGGCCGAGCCGCAAAUCUUAGACCGAGAACCAAUCCUAUACACCAGUCCUUUGUUUGAGUCCGUAGGAGGUUUUGAAGCAAUCGCGAUUGCAAAACCUCUGACACCUUUGAUUGCGAAAACGGAUACGACGCUGCAAAGCGCUAUUCGGAGUAUUCCGCAAAAUGAUCUUGAAGAGAGCGCGAAUAUAACGGAAAAGCUUCUUCAAGCCGAAGAACCAGCUUUGGAAUGUCUGCCUCGGAUAGAGGAGGUCCCUGAACUGGUACGAAAUCUGCCUAUUGGCAAGAAAAGUACGAUGCACAAUAUCAAGGGUCUCAGAUUGGAUAUCAAAUCGGCGGAAAGAUUCAUCACAGGUCAAACGGUACAGACGCCGUCGGGUGCUAUAUUCGUGCCCGGCCAGACCUUGCAGACACCUCAAGGUCCUACCUUUGUGCCUGGACUCACCCUCAAUACGCCUGACGGGCCUCUUCUAGUUCCUGGACAGGUCAUCACUGUUGAAGAACCAGACGGGGCGAAAACGCCGGUGUUCGUUGCCGGACAGACUUUGACGACGGAGCGGGGUGAAUGUUUUGUUCAAGGUCAGACGUUCCAUACGAGCGAGGGCACUAAGUUCGUCGAAGGUCAGACUGUCUUGACGGAGGAGGGCCCAAAAUUUGUGGCCGGUCAAGUAACGAUGGAUGGAACUUUCAUCACAGGACAAACCGUAGUCACUCCGGACGGAGACCGAUUCAUGGCAGGUCAGACCGUCACGGAUUAUCGCGGCGAAUCGAUUUUCGUGCCAGGACAGAAUGUGUGUAUCAAUGACAAAUAUGAAUUUGUACCUGGCCAAUGCGUCGAAUCGCCGAACGGCGAACCUAGUUUUGUUCCUGGGCAGACACUGCUGACAAACGAAGGUCUGCGAUUUGUUCCUGGUCAAUACGUUACUACGAAAUCAGAUGAGAAGCAUUUUGUACCGGGCAUUACGAAGAACACGGAAAAUACAUCGACAUUCGUGCCAGGAAUGACGCUGGAUACUCUGAAAGGUCAGAAGUUCGUUGAAGGACAGGUGGUGAAAACUCCAGAAAACAUAAUUUUCUGUCCAGGACAAACUAUCGUCACUGAAAAAGGUUUCGAGUUUGUCGCGGCAAAAAAAUUCGACGAAGUAAUUUUUCAAGAUGCCGGCCCCGUCGGAAUACCGGUAGACUCAAGAACCACAAAUGCGCUAUCGAUUCUCCAACAGCGCGAGAUCUUCGGUCACAUGGUGCAGACGGAAAGAGGUAUAGAAUUUUUCCCGGAAAACAUGAAGAAGCUGCCGGAGGGCAGGAAAAUUGUGCCGGGCCAAUUAGUUAGCGGUGACAAGGACGGGCCGCGUUUCGUGCCAGGUGUCAUGACUGAGGAUGGCUUCUUACCAGGUCAGAUAGUUACGACAGAUAAAGGAGAAGAGUUCGUGCCGGGCCAGGUGAUCGACACCAGCAGCGGACCAAAGUUCGUGCCUGGCCAGAUGGUAGAAACCCGAACGGGGCCUAAGUUCGUGCCCGGUCAAACGGUGAACACGGCGGAUGGGCCGCGUUUCGUGCCGGGUCAGAUUGUCGAUACUAAGGUCGGACCAACAUUUAUCCCUGGUCAAGUGAUUUAUACCGAGGAGGAAGGAUCUAGAUUUGUCCCCGGGCAAGUAGUGGACACUCCAGACGGACCCAGAUUCGUACCAGGUCGUGUAGUGGAAGCGGGCGAGAUGGGUGUGACCUUUGUGCCAGGUCAGAUCGUUCAGACGGAAGAAGGUCCUUGUUUCGUCGCUCCCGAUCUUAUUGAUACGCCCGAAGGCGAGCUGGAAUUCUCUGUGCAGGGCUUCGAAGUCACGCCUGAGGAGCUGCAAUUGCUGCGACCGCAGCAUUUGAAUUAUAAUCCAUGCUUUCGUCAUCGCGGCGAGACCAGUAUAGACGCUAAAAUGCUACGCGAGUUAUCCGAAGCAGGAUUGUCUGUAGGACGAAAAGUCGCGACGAGUUUACCAUCGGUAGACGUAAACGUAAAUCCGAAGGCAGUGGAGCAGGCCCUCACCGUGGCGACGACAAAGUUGAGUUUACAAGGUGGCACAGCGGUGAAGAUGGCACAGAUCGUGUCAAUGGUCGCGCAACUGGCAAAAAAUAUAGUUUUGCAACAACAAGAUUCAAGUCCGGCAAAUGCAACAGUGCUGACCAACGGUAUUUAUUCGCCUGCUGUAAAAGAAGAAAAAGAAAAUGGUACCAACGGCGACAACAGCAUCGAAGUUCUUCAGAGUGCGAUAAGAGCGGCAAUCACAGCAGCUGUCUUAAUAUUAUCGGAUAACCAACAGAUAGCAUUAGAUGACAACUCUCAAGAUUUUGUUUAUUCUUCCGUCAGCGAGUCUUUCAAUGUGCUGUUGAGUAAAAACGAUCGAGAUGUCGAUCGUUCAGUCGACGAAGUUCUGAAAAUUCUCUUGAGUCCGCAGAACCGUAGUUCUCUUUGCCAGAGCGUGCUAUCGGAACUGUUAACCGCUAAAAAUAAUAAAAUUAAUAUACUCAAGUCAGCUAUGAGUUCAGACCAGUCUUUGCAAAAAGACACCGUAAUCGAAAAGCUGUCAAUGGUUCUUGAAGAAGAACAUAGCACGGAUCUGAUCGGACCAGCUUUUCGAGCCGUCUCGAGGAACAAUCCGGAACUGGUUUCGCUCGUUCUAGAGAAUGUAUCGCGACACGUGGCGGACGUGGCAACGGAGAAGGAAGCCGCAGAGACAGUUUACAAAGCGAUCGUCCAGGCCGUCCAACAAUCGAGCGAGAUUCACGUGAAGGAGCUAUUGAACGCCGAACGUGGACCGGAUGUGCGUGAGAUGUUGUUGCAGGCGGUGGGUCUGGCGCGGGCCCUGGGAAUGUCCGACACGGCGAGUAGUCUGCUGGCUGUGAUCAGUGACGAGAGAUCCACCCAGAUGUUGGCAAACGAUCGGGUUACCAUGGACGUUCUAAAGAGACUGGCCAUCAUGAGAAGGCUCGCAGAGGAGCGACCGCCCUUCAUGAACGCCCUCGGACAGUUGUGCAGUGAUCCCGAGUUGGCCAGAACGGAUCCGCGGCUGCGAACUCUCGUAAGAGAAAGCGCCGCGCUGAUGAUUGUACCUGAAGAAGCUCCAUUGCAAUCCUCGGUCGACGUUCCGACCGCAUUGUUGCACGCCGACAACAGUCUGGCGAUGGAGGAGUUUCUGCUGAGAAGAAGUCAUAGACCGUCAUCCAUCUUCAUGAUUCUAAAGCAGGGUAUGCAGGCGGUCGUGCCGCGGGAAGCCUCCCGGUCGGUGCUGACCGGCGAGGUCGCCUAUACUGUUCUCGACGAGGAUGGUAUACAUCACUUCGAACCGCUGCACGUGUUCUCUGCGCUCAGACUGAAUCGCCCGACUGCCCAUCGCUUCUCUAUGUAUUGCUGUCCGAUGGCAAAAGAAGUAGAUACAGAUGGUGAAAUAAUAUCCGCCACGUUCACCGGCACGACCUCGAUCUCUAGCAGCUUGGAUGAUUCUGCAAACGGUAGCUCUCAUAAGCAAGAAAGAAAUGGCAUCGCGACCUUGUCUAGAUCCGAACAGUCGGUCGCUCUUCUCUCGGUCAGCAGGGAGAACACGCCGAGCCUAAAGAGGCUGAACGACGCUCGACAAAAGGACAGCCUCGAACGGGGAUCCUCGGAAAAUUACAUCGUUGUGAAGGACUACGUAGCGGACACCGACGGAUUCACUGUGCACGUCGGCGACAUCGUCGAGGCUAUCGAGCAUGACGAUUCAGCAAAGAAAGCGAGGAUGGACCCCGAUCUGGAGAUCGAGGUCGGCGAUAUCCUGGACAAUUCGGCCGCAAAACACAAGCUAUCGAUCCGUCCACGACGAAAUCACGCGGAUCCGCGCGCUCGAAACAGCUCGAGUGUCGAGUCGGACUCGAGCUUUCAAAGGGUACACGUUCGUGCAUCCGAUGGAAGGCAGGGAUGGCUACCCAUGUCCAUUUUAAUGCAAACAGCGCUUAGCGAAGAUAGCUCAACAAUGAGUCGACCAGAAGAUUCUCAUUAUCGGAGAGAGGCUGUUGUGAAAGAAUUAAUCGAGACGGAAGAAGAAUUCGGUAGGGAUCUUCAGCUUGUCGUUGAACGUUAUCUGAAGCCUCUCGACAAUCCUGAUGUCCCGCGGAGCGUACGAGACAACAAAGAAGUUAUUUUCACUAAUCUCAAACAAAUAGCUGAUUUUCAUAACACAUCGUUCGGCAGGGUGUUGAUCGAGGGUGUCAAAUAUUAUGCGGAUCAACCACGUAUGCUCGGCAGAACUUUCCUAAGACUGGAGAGAGAUUUUGACAAGCACGUGGCGUACUGCAGGGACGAGCCAGCUGCUCAGGAAUUUCUUCAGACAAACAACGAAGUACGCGAAUACUUCGAGGAGUUGAGCCAGACUCUGGGCGACGAUAAAAGUAUAUCGGAACAUUUAAAGCUCCCGAUACAACGCAUAAACGACUACCAACUCCUGCUAAAGGAGCUGGUGAAGUAUUCGACCCGAUUAGGCGAAAACUGCGACGAUCUACAAAAGGCCUUGGAAUUGAUGCUAGGAAUCCCUCAUAGGGCAACCGAUAAUAAAUUUAUAAGUAAUAUCGAAGGAUAUAAAGGGAACAUUCACAAACUUGGUAGAUUACUUACUCAUGAAUGGUACACAGUUAUUGACAAGGAAGGAAAAAGCAAAGAGAGAUACUUGUUCCUAUUCAAAGCGCGAAUUCUCGUUUGCAAAGUCAGACGAAUCUCGGAAGAUAGAUCAGUUUUCGUUCUAAAGGAUAUUAUUCGAUUACCGGAAGUAGAAGUAAAGGAUCAUCCCGGUGACAUACGAUCCUUCGAACUACAUAAUCCGGCUAUUCCCAAUUAUCCCAUCACUUUAAUAGCUCACAAGGAUUCCGUGAAGGCUUGUUGGCUCAAGGAAAUCCGCCAAUACUCCAGCGAUCUGGUCGCUCUCGCCGAGCACGCAGCGGACGAUCUUCAAGUGACCGAGGAAGUACCAGAAGGCAAAGAAGAGCUCAAGAGCGACGAGAAGCCAGUUCCGGUUAAGGUUGAACCACAACAGAAUCCGGAAUCACAAUCACAACCAAAGCCGGAAUCACUUAAAGUCCAAGUGAAGGAAGAAGCUAAGCCGGAUCCACCAAAGGUAGAUUUGAUCAAGGACUCUACCAAGGUUGUGGAGAAGAGGAAGGACUCUACGAUCGACACAUCGGAAACGAAGAAGGCCAAGGUCGAGGAAGCGAAGAAGACCAAGGUCGAGGAAGUGCAAGCAGACAUGUCUCGAAGAUACUCUGCGAGUCGAUAUAGUGCCUCCUCGAAAGUCGUGGAAGAAUACUCGUCGAUAUCGAGUAGUCGCAAUGGCGUAUCUACAUACAUGGAAUCGGCGGCCUCCGCCGUCGAGACGAGAAUGUCUUCCGCAACGCAAGGGAUGGGCCAGAUAUCGGAAACUUCGUACGAGACUACAAUCAUCGAUGAUGCGGCAACGAAUGCGAAUGUCGAAAAGAGAACAGCCCAAAUCAGCCUCGGCACCGAUGCUGGCAAACCGGUGUUUAUCAAGACGAUAGAGGGAUGCAGUGUAGAACCGAUGCGACCAAAAAAGGCAUUGAUACACGCUAUAGCUGGAGAAGUUGCCACUUUCGAAUGCACGUUGUUAACCACCGACUCGACCACCAGAAUGCAAUGGCUGAAAGAUAAUAAACCGAUGGAGGAUAAAUUGGCCGAUCGCGUCGUCACCACGAUGUCCGACACCACGUGCAAGCUUGAGAUCCAGAAUGUUCAUGAGUCAGAUUCCGGCAUAUACAUUGCACGUGCUCUAAAUGCGAACGGCGAGGCCACAUGCACCGCUCAACUAGUGGUUCAACAAUUGAGUCCGGAAGAAAAAAAGGCAAGGGCCGAAGCAAACGCGCCUAUAUUUUUGGUGCGUUUGAAGGACACCGAGCUUCUCGAGAAUACCUAUCUACGCUUCAUGAUCAAAGUCAAGGGUGACCCCAAUCCAGAAAUAAAGUUUUUCAAAGACGGUGUCUUGAUCGAUGCAAAGUACGAUCGCGUAAAGAUCAUACGGGACAAUGCGGAGAAGGGAUUUUAUGAACUGGUGAUUGCCGACGUUCAGAAACAAGACGCUGGAAAAUAUUCGUGCACAGCUAUGAAUCGUUAUGGGGAAGCUACAUGCGAGGCGGUGGUGACAGUGACAGAUGAAAAACCGCUGUUCCAGGGACUUCCUGAAGGUCUUCUCGAGCUCGGAACCGAACCGCGAUUUAUUUGGUCGCGCGACGGAGAACCGUUUGAUCCUGAGGAGAGAUUUAAGGUUCUCUUCAAAGAUAACGAGGACACUUUGGCACUGGUGUUCCAGCACGUAAAACCCGAGGACGCCGGUCUUUAUACAUGCGUGGCACAGACUAGUACAGGUAACAUUAGUUGCAGCGCGGAAUUAACGGUGCAGGGUGCCGUGAAUCAAUUGCUAAAGGAUCCUGAAAAGCCAAAAUUGCAAACGGAAUCCAAGCAGUCGGAAGUGAAUGUUGGUGGAUCCGCGAUGUUAGAUUUGCAAGUGAAGGGUUAUCCUAAACCGGACAUCAAGUGGACUAAGGAUGGUCAGGAGAUCGUAGCUGGCGGUAGAAUCAAGUAUCUCUGGGAAGAUGAGGAGUCCCUCUCGUUAGUGAUUAAACAAGUCACCGCCAAAGACGCCGGCGUUUAUACCAUCACGGCGAAGAAUGAUCUCGGUGAGGACAGCACGCAAAUUGAGUUGAUCGUCAAGUCCGCGCCGAAGAUCACGAAAAAGCAGUCUGACAUGAUGAUUCUCAUUGGGGAUAUGGGCACGAUGACUGUGCAAGUGGAAGCUACCCCGGCGCCGGAAAUUACGUGGUACAAGGACGGUCAGCUGAUCGAGGAGAGCGAUCGUAUCAAGAUUGUCAAGGAGAACAGUGACAUAUAUAAGCUCGUGAUCAAGAAUGCAAAAUUGACCGAUGCAGGCUCGUACUCGAUUGUCGCGCGAAAUGAAAUCAAUCAAACGACUGAGAUCUGGAAAGUCGGCAUCAGGUGCCCACCGAAGAUCAAGAAGGGACUCGGCGAGCCGCGAGUGAUCAACGAGGGAGAUACGUUGAAUCUCUUGAUUGAGGUAGACGCGGAUGGCGAGUCGACGGUGAACUGGUAUAAGGACGGGCAGCUCCUAACCGCGAGCGAUCGCGUGAAGAUGUCGAAAAACGGAAACAAUCAUAUACUUACAGUUAGCGGUGCGAAAGUGGCAGAUGCGGCGCUUUACAAGGCUGAAGUGGUGAACAAGCACGGAACCAUUUCGGACGAGACGAGAAUCAGAGUACGUGGCAUACCACAAUUCAAGACGAAACUGUGCGAUAUCACUGCGAACGAGGGCGAGCUGAACAUUGAAUUUGUGGUGGAAGUCGAGGGCUUCCCGAAGCCGAGCGUGCACUGGUUCCUGGGCGAUGUCGAAAUCACGGAGAAGCGCACAGAGUACACUCGUGUGGAGGAAGGAGACAAUUAUAAGCUUAUCAUCAAGGAGGUGAAAACCGAGCUAAAAGGCCAUUAUACUUGCAAAGUGCAAAACGAGUACGGCGAGAACUCGAGCAGCUCUAAUCUGACGGUAAAUAGUCGGCCAAAACUGCUGAAGAAACUGGCGGACCAGAGGUUGAAGGAGGGCGAAACGCUCACAUUGACGUUCGAGGUGUCUGGUACGCCGGAUCCGGAAGUCAAAUGGUACAAGGAUGGAGAAGAGGUGACAGCGGAUGCCAGGAUUAAGAUUACUAGGGAUAGUCAACGGCAAGAGAGUUAUGAUUUGACGGUGACACUGCUGAAGGGCAGCGAUGGCGGCUUGUACGAAGUGCGGGCCGAGAACGAGCUGGGUUACGUUACUAGCAAGAGCAAGGUCAUCGUGCUGACUAAAACGGAAGAUGAGAAGGUCGAUGAAAAGAUAGAGCCUCCAAAAGAGAAAGCCGAGAAGACGACGAUGGAAGAAACGCGAGCGAAAAAAAUAAUGAAGGAAGAGUUGCCACAGCAAACGACUUUGCGCGCUGAAGAAUCGGAAUUGGAAGGUCGCGUCAGACUGGAGAAACAAAAUAUCCAAGUAAUUCAAGGGGACAAUGAAACAAUCACGAUCUCCGUGGCCUCUACAACAUCACACGAAGCUAUACUUACAGGUCCCGAUGAAAGUCAUACGAUCAGCAAGAUGACAGCAACCAAAGUCGAGUGUCGGGAAUUCGGUGUAGAAUCGGGACCACGUGUUGAAGAAAUCGCUUCUUACGCUUACACCGUACAAGAGGAGAAUUCGAGACCACAAAGCGGCGUGCUGAUCGAGGAGUUUUCGGAGACCGAGGAGAAAAAAUCGAACGUGGGGUUCAAUCGUGGGGUCACGAUUGUCUCCGUUUCCGACGACGAAUCGACCUUGAAGGCGCUGUCGCGAGACGUCAGUACAGAUGACGUGCAAUCGGCCGAUCAGUUUCCGGACGAUCAAAGAACCGCGAACGGCAUCGUCGACGAAUUUUGCUUUAAUGGAACGCCGGAAGAUGAGAGAACCUUGGAGGACAUUAGAUUGCAUAGAAUCUCUAGAAUUGCGGAGACUAUCAUCGAAGAACGGUCAUCCGAGGAACCGUCAUUGACAAAGACGCUGUCGAAUCAAACUCUACGGCGGGAAAGUCUGGAGGUGAAGGAUAUAAACUUAUCCGCCCAGAGUCCGACGAUCAGCGAUUCGAGUCCGGCGAAAAGAAUCGCGGAGACAACUCUGGAUCGACCAAAGUCCGCUGUUAAAUCAUCUAAGGAGACUGCGAUGUUCGAGGAGACAAAAGUCUCGACACUGUUAAGCGAAACGCCGUCGAGCUCUCAAAAAGGAGAACUCGACGACGACGACGAAGAAAUCGACGAAGAGAUGAAGAAUCUUCUAGCUCGUGUUAAGCGACAACGUAGCGUGCUAGACGAAAUCCUUGAUAAAGAGUCAGGCAGAGAGUCAGCCCCGCCUCACAUCGUGAGCACCAAUCUCACCAAUCGAACGGUCUUCGAGACGCAAAAUAUUCAAUUCGAGGUGAAGGCCACCGGUUUACCGAGACCAGACCCGAAGUGGAUGAAGGAUGACAAGACUCUUCGAGCUGGGGAACGGAUAAGGAUCACAACUUCCGGAGAGUCUUAUGAGAUGGAUAUCAGCAAGGUCACUCUCGAGGACGAGGGUCUCUAUACGUGCGUUCUGACGAACAAGUUAGGCGAAGAAAUCGUAGAGGGUUAUCUGACAGUCGGCACCGUCGACGAGCUUCGAAAGCCGAGGUUCACUGAGCCUCUUAACGACGUCGAUGUCGAUCCUCAAGCUGACGGCGAAUUCAAAGCCGUUUUCACGGCCGAUCCGGUUCCGGAUAUCACAUGGUUCUGCAAAGGUCACGAAAUUCCCCCUGAUGAUUCUAGACUUAAAUGGACCAUCACUAACGGCCCGGCAGAUGAUAAAUUGACCGAAAGUAAAGUUACACUGAAAGUACCAAAAUGUACCAAAGAAGAUACUGGAGAGUAUACCUUGAAAUUAAAAAAUAAGUGGGGCGAAAACGAGGCUAGUGCAUUUUUAAGUCUUCUAUUGAAACCGGAAAUUGAGAGCUUUAGAGAUCACACCGCGUCUGUUGACGAGCGAGUUGAAUGGCAAGCUGUUAUCAAGGGAAAUCCAAAACCUGAUAUCACAUGGAUGAAAGAUGGUACGCAACUGCAAAAGAACGAGCAGUACGACAUGGAGGAAGAUAAGAGAAAUUGUAAAUACAAGCUUAUCGUCAAAAAACUUAGUCUAGAGGAUAAGGGAACCUAUACAGUUGUGGCAAAGAACUAUCUGGGCGAAGUCAGUGCUCAAGCCACACUCACGCCUCACACCGAGGCUCCGACCUUCCUCAAAGACCUGUCAAAGGUGCAGUGCAGCGAUCGCGAAGACAUCGAAUUGAAAAUCCGGGCGACCGGUAUCCCGAAGCCGAGCGUCGAAUGGUUGAAGGACGGCGAGAUUGUCAAAGAGGACGAGCGUCACCAGGUGAUGACUCACGUAGACGGCAUAGUGGACAGUACCCUUUCCAUCAAAACCUUCUCAGCUGAGGAUGCUGGCACGAUAACGUGCAAGGCGAGCAAUGUCGCCGGAAGCGCGCAGACCAGCUGCAAACUAUCCAUGAUGUUGACGGAACCUUCGUUCGGUAAAGCGUUACCAAGAUCGGCGGAAGUUGACGAGGGCGAACCUUUGGAGCUCAAGGCCAAGGUAGACGGUAGUCCGAUACCCAAGAUCGCUUGGUUCAAGGACGGUGAAAAGAUCACGCCGGAUGAUCACGUUAAGAUCAGUACGUUGCCGGAUGGUACCACAAAGCUCACCAUCGAUGUAGUAAAACCCACUGAUUGCGGUGCCUACAAGCUCGUUGUUACGAAUUCCAGCGGCGAAAAUUCCUCGCUAUGCGCUGUCGCUGUCACACCCGAACGAAGAAAACCGUCGUUUACAAAGCCAUUGGAGAACACGAAGGCCGUGGUUGGGCACCCGUUGAAACUAGAAGCACAAGUUCUAGCUUUCCCGAAUCCGCAAGUGCAAUGGUUUAAAGACGGAAUACCGUUGCGACACACAAAAGAGAUGUAUUUUAUGAAUGAGCCAAACGGUCUUAUUGGCUUGAGAAUGGAUUAUGUACGUCCGGAGGAUGCCGGCACCUAUUCAUUGAUCGUCUCCAACGUGCUCGGUGAAAUCACGGGUACAGCCAAGGUAGAGGUGGAGGAAAGAGAAAGAAGACCGGAGUUUGUUGCGAGUCUUCAACCGCAGACUGUUGUCGAAGGUUUCCCGGUGAAGAUGGAAGUGAAAACUAUAGGAAAACCAGCGCCUGAGCUCAAGUGGCUUCGAGAUAACGAAGAAAUUAUUCCGGACAACAAGCAUAUAAAAAUCAUUAGCCAGCCGGAUGGUAGACAAGCUCUGAUCCUCGACAAAGCAACGCCGGAAGAUAUCGGCGAAUAUCAGGUGGUAGCCGGUAACACAGAAGGUACCGCGUCCUGCAAAGCUAAGCUAGAUGUAGCUGGCAAGGUGAGACCGGACACGCCGGAGGAGAAACCAGCGUUCACCAGUCCCAUGCGCGACAUUUCCGUUGAGGAAGGUCAGCCAUUGACAUUGGACGUGUCGUUCGUCGGUAAUCCGAUGCCCGAAGUAAAUUGGACGAAAGACGGCGAGCCGGUUGUUCCAUCGGAACGCGUCACGAUGAGUUGCGAUGGCAAGAAAGUCGGUCUGCAAAUCAAUCCAUGCGAACCCAAAGAUGCGGGUGUUUAUGGCUGUCGACUGAGCAAUCCGCUGGGCGACGACACUACCAGCGCGAACGCUAUCGUCCGCAAGGUAUACCAGUCGCCGAACUUUACGCAAAGAUUCACAGAUCUGCAGCAGCUGCCCACAUACGACGCCAAGUUCCCUGCCCGCAUCACCGGUAUACCGCAUCCGGAAAUAACCUGGUAUUUCAACGAUAAGCCGAUUUUACGAGACAGCGACAAGUACAAAAUCAAACGCGACGGCGAUGCCUGCUGCCUGUAUGUGAAGGACUGCACAUAUGACGACUCGGGACGGUACAAGUGUAAGGCGGUUAACAAGGGCGGCGAGGCGGAAUGUGUGGCGAACCUAGCUGUUGUCGAUAAAAUCCAAAAAAUGCAAAAGGUUGAACCGCCGGCGUUCUUGAAGAGGAUCGGCGAUUGUGAGGUUUAUAGAGGCAUGCCAGCAAAGUUCACCGCGUGCGUCACAGGAUACCCGGAGCCCGACUUUGAAUGGUAUCGCAACGGUGACAGACUCUGGCCCACUGAUCGCAUCAGGAUGGACCAAGAAGGCAGUUUGUUACGACUCACGAUAGCCAAUGUGGACGAGCUAGACGCCGGAAAAUAUGUGCUGAAAAUAUCCAAUCCUCACGGUGAAGAUUCAUGCAGUGCAGAGAUGGUUUACGAAUCUUUAGAGCUACGCGCAAAGAAACCUCUCGCUGAUCAAUACGCGGAUUAUGACAAGUAUCAGAAGUCGGGUAUUCCGCUACCACUAGCGGAUCGUCCGAUCAUUAGCCGUAUGAUGGAUCGACAUCUUACUCUCUCGUGGAAGCCGUCCAUCCCGAUCGGGCCUCGAGUGCCCGUGACCUACCUAGUGGAGAUGUGCGAGCUGCCAGAUGGUGACUGGUUUACCGCACGUAGCGGCGUUCGAAGCUGCGUGUGCGACAUACGCAAUCUGGAGCCGUUCCGCGAUUACAAGUUCCGCAUCCGAGUGGAGAACAAGUACGGUAUAAGCGAUCCCUCGCCGUUCGCGCAAACUUACCGCGCUAAACUUGAACCGGAGCCGCCCAAGUUCUUUCCCUAUCUGCCGCCGGGUAUCGACUUCCGUCCCGAGACUAGUCCCUAUUUCCCGAAGGACUUCGAUAUCGAGCGACCGCCACAUGAUGGUUACGCUCAAGCGCCUAGAUUCUUGCGUCAGGAAUACGAUACGCAAUACGGUGUAAAGAAUCACAACUGCAACCUCUUCUGGUUCGUCUAUGGUUAUCCCAAACCGAAGAUGACGUAUUACUUCAAUGAUCAGCUGAUCGAAUCGGGCGGUCGUUACGAUCAGAGUUACACCAGAAACGGACAGGCAACUCUCUUCAUCAAUAGAAUGCUCGAGAGGGAUGAAGGCAUUUAUGAAGCCGUCGCUACGAAUGAACACGGCGAAGCCAGGCAAAGAGUUAUACUGAAGAUCGCUGAGUAUCCCACCUUUAUCGAGAGACCCGAUGAAACCAUCGUGAUGGUGAGAAGAACCGGCCAAUUGACUGCUCGUGUAACUGGCGUACCUUAUCCGGAACUUAAAUGGUACAAGGACUGGAAGCCUAUAGCUUCGUCUUCUAGAAUCAGGAUUCAAUUCACCGAGCCCGACAUCACGACACUCAUCAUCAACGAGGCUAUCACCAAGGACGAGGGUCUUUAUUCAAUCAGCGCGGGUAACGUAGCCGGUUCGAUAUCCUGUUCAGUGAUGCUGCACGUAGAGGAGAACGAGCAUGAAUACGGAUACAGAACAUACCGAAAGAAAAUGGAUGUAAAACCACGCGACAAACCGUUCGGCGAUUUGUAUGACUUAGGCGAUGAAUUGGGUCGCGGUACUCAGGGUGUCACUUAUCAUGCUGUUGAAAGGAAUACCGGAAGGAAUUAUGCUUCUAAGAUUAUGCACGGACGCGGUGAUCUCAAACCGUUCAUGUACAACGAGAUGGAAGCGAUGAACAAUCUACAUCAUCGCAAAUUGUUGCGACUGCACGACGCUUUCGAGACUAACGAUUCAGUCACGCUCGUCAUGGAAUUAGCGGCCGGUGGCGAGUUGGUGGAUACUCUCACAAGACAAGAAUAUUACACCGAGCUAGAUAUCGCUCGUUAUAUACGUCAAUUGUUGUGGGGAUUGGAAUAUAUGCACGGAAAUCAUUACGCACAUCUUGGUUUAACGCUUGGCGAUCUACUAAUUUCACACGCCAAUGGAGAUGAUCUGAAAAUCGGAGAUUUUGGACUCGCCCGCAGAAUUUCGCAGACAAGGUUGAUGACCUUGGCGUAUGGUAUGCCGGAAUAUGUCGCACCGGAAGUAACUAAUAACGAGGGCGUCAGCUAUCCCGCAGAUAUGUGGUCCGUUGGUAUAAUUACUUAUAUCUUGCUAUCGGGCAUUUCACCGUUCAGAGGCGCAAACGAUAGAGAGACUUUGAAGAAGAUCAGGGAAGGUAGAUGGGACUUUGAUGAUCGAUGGGAGAACAUCUCGAACGAAGCGCAGGACUUUAUCCGCAGUUUACUGGUGUACAAUAUUGAAAACAGAUUGGACAUCAAAGCCGCUUUGGCUCAUCCGUGGUUCAAUUAUAUUGAUAACCCGCCACCGGAGCCUUACAGGAUACCAUCUGAGAACUUGAAGAAUUAUUACAAACUUUAUCGUGAUUGGUACAAUAAUGCUUCGUGCCGUACGUGGUAUCGCAGACGUAAACUGGAAACAGCUUUCGAGGAUCCGUCGCGAAUGGUAUAUCCACCCGGACAUAAAUUUACACCUGAACCCAGUCUAGAUAGAAGUCAUAGUCCGUCGAAGAAACGUUCGUCGAGGACAUGGGAGAAUCAAAUACCAUCCAGAGAACCGAUCGAUACGGAAAUCGGCAUUAUCACGAGUGAAAGCCAUUAUCAAAAUGGUCCAGAUACGUAUCUUCUUCAGCUGCGAGAUACCGACUUCCCUGUACGACUACGUGAAUACAUGAAAGUCGCGUGCAAUCGCAGCCCCGGAUUCUCACGUUCCAUUGCCGAAGACAACGGUUUUGACUGGAGGACGCCCAUCAUACGGGAACGUCGUCGAUUUACGGACGUUAUGGACGAGGAGAUCGACGACGAGAGGAGGGCGCGUAUAAACCGUUAUGGAUCGGCGGAUACAUAUACGCUUAGACGUCUGAGGAAUGAGCUAGGCACUCGAUUGGAUAGUUAUGCCGAAGCCGAGGCGAUAAUCGAGUCAAAGAAAGAGGGUCAGCCUCCGUUUUUCCGCGAGAAGCCGCAGAUCUGUCCGAUCGAGGAGGGAAAGCCGGCGCAUCUUGUCUGUCUGGCAGUGGGGAAUCCAAAACCACUGAUACAGUGGUUUAAGAAUGACAUAGUCAUCCAGGAGAAUAACAGAAUCAAAGUGACAGAGGAUGCCGAAGGGAGGUCUAUACUCAGUUUUAAUCCUACGAAGGAGCACGACAUUGGAAUAUACAAAGUCGUAGCCAGGAACCCUAUAGGACAAACGGUUGUUAGGACGAGAGUGUUGCUGGCAACAGUGCCUUCUGGUCCGGAUUCUCCGGAGGCUUCUGAUGUUUCGGAUACUGAAGUCCUUUUGCGAUGGAAGCAACCCAAGUACGAUGGCAAUUCGCCUGUAUUAUGCUACAAUCUUCAGUACAAGGAAGGCGAUUCGAUCGCCUGGAUAGAUGUUGCUUCCAAUAUCGACCAUGAGUUUUACCUUGUGCGUGAUCUGAAACAAGACACGAGCUACAACUUCCGUCUGGCGGCACGAAAUCGCAUAGGCUGGAGCGAGAAGGGCAUCCCGUCGAAGCUGAUUAAAACACGACUGCCGGGUUGUCCAAAGGUGCAGAUCACACGGGCGAUGAGGCAUCUUCAAGAAUUGACCGAAGCCGGUCAGGAGAUCAUUCUAGAGGAAGACAAGCCGCAUAUGGAUUAUUCCGUGGAAGAGCAUCCAAUCGAGUGGUCGACGGAAACCAAUCAAUUAUCCACCAAAUACAGCUUCAUCUCCGAGUUGUCACGCGGUCAAUUUUCCGUCGUAGUAAAGGGCGUGGACAAGAGCACGGAUUGCGUGAUUGUCGCCAAGAUCUUAGAACUGAACGCCGAGACAGAAAAGCAGGUGAACCGGGAAUUUGAAGUACUGCGCUCACUACGACACGAGCGGAUAGCCAUGCUGCAGGUGGCCUACAAGGCGCCUGGCUCCCCGAUUGCGGCAUUCGUUAUGGAGAAGCUCCAGGGCGCCGACAUACUCACAUACUUCUCCAGCCGGCAUGAGUACACGGAAAACUGCGUGGCAAAUGCCAUCACGCAAAUUCUCGAUGGUCUACAGUACUUGCACUGGCGUGGCUAUUGUCAUCUGGACAUCCAGCCGGAUAACGUCGUCAUGUCGUCUGUGAGAUCGGUGCAGGUGAAACUGGUCGACAUGGGAUCCGCUCAUCGAGUCAGUCGACUGGGCACGAUGGUGUCUGAACAACUGGGUCACCACGAGUACAGAUCGCCCGAGCUUUACAACGACGAGCCGAUCUAUCCGCAAACAGAUAUAUGGAUGGUUGGCGUGUUGACCUACGUGCUGCUCUCCGGGGUCUCUCCCUUCCGUGGGAAGAAUGCGGACGAGACUAGACAGAACAUAUCUUUCGUCAGAUACAGAUUCGAAUAUCUCUACAAAGAGCUUAGUCAGGAGGCUACCAGAUUCCUCAUGCUGGUCUUUAAACGCGCACCAAGUAAAAGACCGAUGGCGGAGGAGUGCCAUGAACAUAGAUGGCUAUUACCGACAGAUUAUAUGAUUAAGAAACGCGAAAGAGCUGUGUUCUUAGGUAACAGGCUGAAGGAAUAUAACGAGAGGUAUCACGAAGAAAAAUCGAAGCUAGCUUCUGAAAAUGAUAGUCUAGCGAGCGAAACUUUGUUGGGCUCGAAACAGAAGCUCAUUAGGUCGACCAGUAUACAAGAAGAGCUACGGACCACAUUCUAACAUUGGAUCUGCGAUUUUUUAUUUAUAUUUAUGGACACACAUACACCAUAUAAACACAUUUCGUCUCGCAUUUGUGCCUGUUUCUUUGGACAGCGAGGAGAAAUGAUGAGAAAUACGAGGAAUUUCUUGUGUUAUAAUUUAUUUGUUACAACUUGUAAUUAUAUCUACAAAGAUAUAUCAUUGUGUCAAUCGAUCGUUGAUGCUUCGCCGACGAAUUCCGUCGGCGCCUAAGUAAAUGAUAAGUUUCUCAACCGUCCGUUAAUUUGACGAGUCUAAUAUAAAGGAAUUGUUGCUUAUACAUUUUAACGAAUCAAAGUGCAAAUCGAAUUUUUUGAAAUUUAGCAGAAAAUUUCGAUCAUACGUUGUAUGAAAAUUAUAAAUAAAUAUUUGAUGAAAUAA